GUAUACAAUGAUGCUCAUAUCCUGGAGAAGUUACUCAAAGAUAAAAGGAAAGAGCUGGGACCUUUGCCUGACGAUGAUGACAUGGCUUCUCCCAAACUUAAGCUGAGUAGGAAGAGUGGUGUUUCUCCUAAGAAAUCAAAGUACAUGACUCCGAUGCAGCAGAAACUGAAUGAAGUGUAUGAAGCUGUAAAGAACUAUACUGAUAAGAGGGGUCGCCGCCUCAGUGCGAUAUUCCUAAGACUCCCCUCUAGAUCAGAGCUGCCUGACUACUAUCUGACCAUUAAAAAGCCCAUGGACAUGGAAAAAAUUCGAAGUCACAUGAUGGCAAACAAGUACCAAGAUAUAGAUUCUAUGGUAGAGGACUUUGUCAUGAUGUUUAAUAAUGCCUGUACCUACAAUGAACCAGAGUCUUUAAUCUACAAAGAUGCCCUUGUCCUACAUAAAGUCCUCCUUGAAACUCGUAGAGACCUAGAGGGAGAUGAGGAUUCUCAUGUUCCUAAUGUGACCUUGCUGAUUCAAGAACUUAUCCAUAAUCUUUUUGUGUCAGUCAUGAGUCAUCAGGAUGAUGAAGGAAGAUGUUACAGUGACUCCUUAGCAGAAAUUCCUGCUGUGGAUCCGAACUUUCCCAACAAACCUCCCCUUACAUUUGACAUUAUUAGGAAGAAUGUUGAAAGUAAUCGAUAUCGGCGACUCGAUUUAUUUCAGGAGCAUAUGUUUGAAGUAUUGGAAAGGGCAAGAAGGAUGAAUCGGACAGAUUCUGAAAUAUAUGAGGAUGCAGUAGAACUUCAGCAGUUUUUUAUUAGAAUUCGUGAUGAACUCUGCAAAAAUGGAGAGAUCCUUCUUUCUCCAGCACUCAGCUAUACCACAAAACAUUUGCAUAAUGAUGUGGAAAAAGAAAAAAAGGAAAAAUUACCUAAAGAAAUAGAGGAAGAUAAACUAAAACGAGAAGAAGAGAAAAGAG